AUGGCAGAGAACGAUUCAGGUGCGUCUCUUCAAGAACAGCUGCUAGAAUCCGCCAGGCGAAACAAUGCAGAGCUGUUGGAGUCCAUCAUUGCAAAGGCGGCCGAUUCGGAGGCCCUCGGCAGGCUGAUCAACGAGACAGUUGAUCCUCUGUCUAAUACCGCGCUCCACAUUUGCGCAAAAUACGGAUCGUUUGAAGUCUUGGACAUUUUACUCGAUCAGGAAGGUGUUGAAGUUGAUCCGGUGAAUUUAUUAGAAGGUGAGACGCCGCUGCAUUUGGCAGUGAAAUAUUCCAUCGAAGAACCAGAGCAUGGUGCGUUCGUGGCGGAAACGCUGCUUGAUGCCGGAGCAGAUCCGCGCAUUAAGAACAAAAGUGGACUGAAACCCGUGCAGUUGGUCCACAACAACGACCAGUUGCAGGCUGCGUUGGAAAAUGCAGAAUACACGUUGGCUGCUGAGCUAGAGGGAGAGGUGGAUCAGGCAGAGUUGGUCGAAAAAGAAGGUGAAGAAGGUGAAGGCGAAAGUGCAUCUGAUUCGGAUUAA